AUGUACGUACCCACUUUCGGUGCCUUAAAAGAAAAGCAACUGUCGCGGUUAAAUGAUAAGAAAGUCUGUGACGAUCUCCCAGAGGCAGUUUUAUUAUCUGAUUUUCCAAGCCCUGCGGAAAUUAAAUCUCUUAAGUUGAGUGGAAGGAAUGUUCGUGUUUUUGGUUUGCCCAGCCUGUUUGCUAUGCGUUUCGACAAACGACGAUGGACAAAAUGCCGGCCCGUCUACUGUUUCUCAAUGACAGAUGCCAUUGUAGCAGUCACUGGCUUUCGUGAUCCUGUUGUUGUGAACCGGAUUGCAUCUUUGGUGAACUGGAUGGGUGGCAGCAUGCGAAGAAAAUUGGACUCAUGUGUGACACAUUUAAUCGCUUACCGCUGUGCCGGUGAAAAGGUCCGAAAGGCUGCAUUAGCGUCCGUUAAUGUAGCUACAAUGAGCAUUUCUUGGGUUGAGAGUGCAUGGGAAUUGCGAAACUCCAAACCCGAGUUCAACGCUUGCGAUAUCGAAUUCAUUAAUCAGCAUCGUGCAAAAGUGUUUCAGGAAUGCUGCUUAUAUUUUUGUGGCUUUUCUCAAAAGAGUGAAACACUAGCUGAACUUAAGGCUAUUGUUACGGAACAUGAUGGCAAGCUUGCCAAAGACCUUCAUGAUGAAUGCCUUACCCACGUUGUUGUUGCAGAUGACUGGCAGAAGCUUGGUGAAACGGUCGAUAUGAGUGCGCUUCUUGUUAGUUCUUCCGCAGCCCCUACACCAACUCCCCCUAGAUCUGGUGUGUCUGCAAUCGACCCCGAUUUGCACGCCGAGCUAACUGAGGUGGCAUUCCGCGUGCCUGUCCUUCGUCUUGAUUGGUUUUGGAAGUCUCUGCAAUCGACGUACAUUUGCCAUCCCCAAGAAUUCUUAUACAUUCAAGAUGCCCCCUCAGCCGAGUCUACUUACGAUUCCUUUUUUUCGCCCCAACGUGCUUCCACAGAUCCUUUUUCACCUAAAUUUAACUGUCGGCCAUCAACCAAUACGUUAGGGAAGGAGAACGUCGAUCCGUGUAGAGAGUCAUGUGAAUGCCACUUGGCUUUUCAUAGUUGCACUUCGCCUCUGACCACUGAAAACAAACAGACAGCCGUCAACACCCCAUCGGAGGCUGAACAACGAACCGUACGUCGAAAUAUCAAUGAAGGCAUCGAAACAACACCAGUGGAUCGUCGUUUUACCCGAGAAGAAGUGAUCGCUCAACUAGCCGACCCACUACUUGUUGCAGCUACCAGCAGCCGCUACUCUAGAGACGCUAAGUCGCUUCUCUUCUUUGAAACACCGAAAUCGUCACCCACAGUUCACAACGCCUCUGCUCCGUAUUCUGAACCACGCGUUCAACCACCAUCAAGAUCCAGAACACCGCAGCCGUCGGAUAUACUUGGCGGUGUAACGGCGUCCCCCGCCACUUCUCGUACUCCACUAGAAGCACUUAAGUCGUCAUUUGGCUCACCGAGUACACCGGAUAAGAAGACACCCGUACAAGUUCGUCUUAAGGACAGGCAGCACCGGGUUUUUGAGUUCUUCCUCACUGAACGCAAUUACCUGAGCAUUUUGGAGUAUCUCACGCAAGCGGCUUUUUCGGAAGUAAUCGCAGAGGACCAAGUCGGCGGACCGAUCAUCCCCAGAGCUGAGGCUGACAUCGUCUUCGGCAAAUUGAUGCCAAUUUACCAACUGCACAAACGUCUCCAGUCCCGUCUUACAGACCUCGAGUCCAGUUGGAGUAUGGAAACAAGCCGCCUGGGGGAGGUACUCCUGCCCUAUAUCGACGAAAUGGAAAAGGUCUACAGCCACUACAUGCAGUUCUACAACGCCCCUCACCUGCACCAGCUGGGUCGUGAGUACCCGCGUUUCCUGGCCUUCAUGCGGCAAGUCGAGCGACGAAAGGAGUCCGGGCGCCAGAGCCUCUCCGACCUCCUGGUGCGUCCAGUCCAGCGUCUGCCCUCCAUGCUGCUGCUCAUGCAAGGUAUCAUCAAAUUCACCCCCCCAUCGCACCCCGAUCACGAAGACAUGUCGACAUUCACCUCAAGGCUCUCCAACAUUCUGGAGCAGAUCAACGUUCGAUUGAAGAAGAAUGAAGAACACAUGUCCCUUCUAACUCUCUACCACGACAUCUGUGGUGCCCCGCCCGAGAUGCUGUCGUCGUCACGCAGUCUCGUUUGCCAGCUGAAUGUCUUUCAAUUAGAUGUGAGCGCAAAUGGCUCGCCAAUCUGCGAGCCCGUCACACUCUUCCUUCUCACUGAUUGCCUCGAGGUGGCACGCCCGAAGAAACGAAACACAGGCGACCUCCAUGCCAUACAGGCGGCAUUGGCUGCUGUCGAAGGUGGCUCUCAUUGCUCCUCUACGGGAGUCUGCGACGAGGUCGGUGGCGCGGACACCACCAGUCUGAACAAUUCCUCGCUGACUUCUGACCGGCGAAGUGGCAAUGUCUCGCGCGCGGGUUCGGGCGCCUCAGGAAUAUCCAAAUUCGGCCGAGGACUCGACGCCAAGAAGCGCCACCACUUCACCCACCUAUUCCUUCUCCAACUUCAGGACGUCAAGCGUGUGCUGGAUCUCAACACAAUGUCGCCAGAACGCGCCGCCUUCUCCCUCAUCGUUCGCGGUGCCUCCGAGGAGUUCGACCACGUGUACACCUUCUGUCUGGCGGCGAGCUUCGCCGCCACGGCAGCCCUGGCGUCCGGCAAGUGUCCGGAGGCCGUCCAGUCGGCCGUGGCUGCGGCCACCGCCGGCGGCUCCUGUCGUCAGGCCUCGUUCAAGGACCUCAGCGACUCCACGACCUCGACUGUCGAGGAUGAGGAGGGCGUGGACAGCGCGCUCACCAAGUUGCAGCACUGCGUGCACAUGGCCAAGACCACCUUCCUGCGACGCCUCUGCCACAGCAUCCUGCAGGUCUCCUUCGUCGCUAGCAGCCCGGAGGACCUGCUCGUGGAAAUGCAACCCGACGUAGUGCUGGACUUCGACUUGGACAACGUCUUCAGCAGCAUGGGGAAUUCCUCUUUCAAGUCAAAAAAGUUCCCGCGUCACCUGGGUCGCGCGAUAUCCAUGAAGACGCCCAGACGCCUGCCGAACGCACGGACCAACGUGACGGCGUCCGCGAUGCCUUCCACCACCUCCACAGCCCCGCAUCACACUAGCGGAAAGCACGUCGAGAAGCGUGUGCUCGCGCCGAUACCUCUGGACCUCGCCUCGGGUUCUGCCCUCUCGUCCGCCGUCUCGCUCAAGCCAACUGUCGAAGACGAGGAGCACCUUCCGCAGGAGUUCACCACGCCCUCGCGUCCAUCGGUUCUCGGCUCGCUCUUUGGUGGCCUUCGAUCCCACGCCGUCAAAGCGGCUACAUGCACUCCGAUCCACUCCAUGACAAAGUGCACUAAUCACGUUGACACGAAAGCCGAGGCGGACGAUGGAGAGGACUCGUUUAACACGAGCUUUGCCUCCCAUGCUACGACCACCACGCCCCCACUCACCCCGACGGUCGUCGUUCGAGGCACGCCAAGCCAGAAGGACCUGUGGCUAGACGUUGUCACGGAGUUCGCCUCAGACGACGAGACGAGCGAAGGCGUGGACCUGGAGGAGGACGACAUGUUUUCCCUGGACUCCUGCUGCUCGCACUCUGGACCGUGGCCAGCCUCCUUGCCACACCCGCCGCCAACAUCGCGUGGUGGCGCUGGCAGCAAGGGAGAAACGGCGACUGCUUCAACCUCCUCCCUGUCCUCGGCCUACUCCCAAGCCGACCACGCGGGCGGGGGUCAAAGCAGACAGUCAUUUAGCGGACUUGUGAACGCGACGCGUAAGAGUAUCUGCCGCUCCUUUUUGGUGGGAAUGCGUCGGCCGAAGGAACCUGGACAGCACCGCAAUUCGGCAGCGUCGAGUUCGAUGUCUCGAGUGGCUCCGCUCGCCAGAGUCGACGAUGACGAGGCUGGUGGUUCUAGUCAAGACUGCCUGUCCCGGCGUCACCUCCCCCGUCUCCACUCUGCCGACAGCAAGACUCCGUCGAACGCCUGUGGUCUCAGCACCCCUGGAUUAGACAAGUCUGCCUCCGAGUGUAACCUUUCUCAUCGCAAGAAUCACCCCGGUUCGCGAGUUGCAACUAGCAGCACGGCUUCAAUAAAGAACCUCUUCGCCUCGCCUUUCCGCGUUCCCACGGCGCCUGCCGUGCGGAACUCAGUGGCAGCAACACUGACUGGGAAGUCCCAACGAUCAGUGUCCAAGACUGCCCAGCUAAGCCAAUCGCCCACGUCUGGUAGCAUAACCAGUUGGUGCAGUCUCAUGGGCCUGGAUGAGCGGCGACACGGGGACGCGGACGAGGACGAAGAGGUGGCGAUUAGGUACCGGUGCAAGGCCUCUACCGGGGCCGCGAUGGACACCUGUAGCAUGAUUGUCCACCCUUCGCCCUCGUCCAUCUUUGGCUCCAAAAAGUUGAAGCUAGGGAAGAAGGGCAAGGCAUCUCGGCGCCUCUACGGCAGCGCCAUUUUCUUCCAGCGACCCAAGAAGGAGGAGAAACCGAAGGCAGAUGACAGCAAUUCGGUGGCCGCAUCAGCAGGUCGCCGCGAGAGCAUAUUCCGGCGAAACUUCUUGUUUAAGUAG